AUGUUAAUAAAAAGCAAAUACUAUCGGCGGAAGUCAAAAAUAUUAUUUCAAAUAUUUAAUAUAGUUACCGUGGCAACACUGUGCUUAAAAUAUGUUAAUGAUUCGUUGCUGUGGUCCUUCUGUGGGUGCUUGCUGGUGUCACUAUUAGUUGUUUUUAUUUAUUAUUACAAAAGAUGGCGGGCGAAAGAAAUGUCCGGUGGGGCAGGCGCAACGGCUGCCGGCGAACCAGCGAAACGUUUCCGGAAACGGGACAAAAUGCUCUUCUACGGGCGUCGCAUGUUAAGAAAGGUGAAGUCCAUCUCAAACUCAGGACAGGGAAGGAAACGAAGAGCUGUGAUGAGGUUCGCUAGGAAACUGCUGCAGUUGAAGAAGGAGAGCGCUCCGGAGCAAUUGAAGGUGCUAGAACCUCCAGCGGAAUAUCUAGAGGAAGACCUCACGAACGACGAUCGUGUCCCUCCAGAUGCUCUAUAUAUGCUGCACAGCAUCAGAGUGUUCGGUCACUUCGAGAAACCUGUUUUCCUCAUGCUGUGCAAACAUACGGAGAUCCUCAAUCUACCAGCUGGUUCAUUCCUGUUUAAAGUUGGUGACACAGAUGAAAACGUGUACGUCGUUCAAAAUGGCCGCGUCAACGUCUACAUCACGAACCAAGAUGGCAGCAGUCUAUCAUUGAAAGUCGUCCGCGCCGGAGAGAGUGUGACGUCGUUGUUGAGUUUCACCGAUGUGUUGACUGGUCAUUCUCAACCAUACAAAACUGUAAACGCAAAAGCAUUAGAAGACUCUCAGGUUAUCAAAUUGCCUAUGCGAGCCUUCCAAGAAGUCUUCAAAGAGUAUCCAGACAUUUUCGUUAGAGUUAUACAGAUUAUUAUGGUCCGCUUACAGCGGGUCACAUUCACAGCUCUGCAUCAAUAUUUGGGGCUCAGUGCCGAGUUGGUGAAUCCAGGUCGCGAGAAGCGUCGACCAACAACGAUGACGGCAUCCCCUGUAAAGACUGCUAAAACGUUAGUCGAUAGUGGUACCAAUAUGCAUUCACCAAGCCAUAGUGAGAGACAUCUACCUGAUCAUACUUUAGAAGCCAAUACGUCAAGCUCGUCCCCCAUUCACAUCCAGGGCAGAAGAACCAGACCAGAUAUGGUACCAGAUGUCACUUCUAACACACCACAGCAACAACCAGAUGUUCAACCCACAUCUACAUUCCAAAGGCCAAAAGAGGGUUCUUCCUUUAAGAAACAUAAUACUGAAAAUCUUGAUGAACAGGCGCUUAUACAAAUAGCCACGGAGGCAUUCAUCAAGGAAUUAGGCCUGGAGAAUGAUCAACUGCUGCAGGGCUGCGUGCAAGUCAGGGAUUUACCAGCUGGCACUUACAUCAUGAAGGAAGAAAGUCACAAGGAUGUGGCACUGGUGUAUUUGCUGUCUGGAGCACUUCUAGUAUCGCAGAAGGUGGCUGAAGGAGAGGGGGAGGUCCAUAUGUUUACGGCUUAUCCAGGUGAAGUAGAAGGCGGUCUUGCUGUUCUAACAGGCGAACCGAGUUUCUUCUCGAUCAGAGCUAAGCACUUCUCUCGUAUCGGCCUCCUAUCCAAGACAGCUGUGUACAGCAUCAUGAGGGACCGACCAUCCGUGGUCUUGCAUAUCGCUAACACCGUGGUCAAGAGAUUGUCUCCAUUCGUUAGACAAGUUGACUUCGCUUUGGAUUGGGUGUUCCUAGAGUCUGGUAGAGCCGUGUAUAGGCAAGAUGAAGAGUCUGGUUCCACAUUUAUUGUUCUAAGCGGACGGCUCAGAUCCGUCAUCACACAUCCUAACGGCAAAAAGGAACUAGUUGGAGAGUACGGAAAGGGCGACUUGGUUGGAAUUGUGGAAAUGGUAACUCAAACUCGUCGCAGUACCACAGUGAUGGCUGUCCGAGACUCGGAACUGGCGAAGCUACCCGAAGGACUGUUCAAUGCUAUCAAGCUUCGAUUUCCGGUUGUUGUCACUAGACUCAUUAAUCUAUUGGGGCAUAGGAUUUUGGGUUCCUGGCAGAAGCCCACUGCUGGUUUAGGUGGCGCGGCGGCCAUCGAAUCCCGUCCCUCACAGCAUAACUUCUCAACAGUCGCCGUUGUGCCUGUCAGUGAUGAUGUCCCACUAACCGCGUUUACAUAUGAGCUGUACCACUCUCUUUGCGCCAUAGGACCAACGGUCCGUUUGACAUCGGAUGUAAUAAGGAAACUUCUCGGGCUCACUAUAAUGGAUCCGAAUAACGAAUAUCGACUGAGUUCUUGGCUCGCACAGCAAGAGGACAAACAUAAGGUGGCGUUGUACCAAUGCGACCCGAGUCUAACGCAAUGGACCCAACGUUGUAUCCGACAAGCCGAUUGCAUCCUCAUUGUGGCUUUGGGGGAUAAACAGCCCAGUAUUGGAAAGAUUGAAAAGGAAAUCGAACGUCUAGCCAUUCGUACGCAGAAGGAAUUGGUUCUGUUACAUAGGGAGGGAGGCGCGAACCCCACCGGGACGGUCCACUGGCUGAAUAUGAGGACCUGGGUCAGUCAGCAUCAUCACGUGAGGUGUCCCCAUCGGAUGUUCACGAGAAAGAGCCAGUAUCGUAUUAGCGAAUUAUACAGCAAGGUACUAAUGUCGGAAGCCAGCGUGCAUUCUGACUUUAGCCGUCUAGCGCGUUGGCUGACAGGUACCUCAGUAGGUUUGGUACUUGGCGGGGGCGGAGCCCGUGGCGCUGCGCACGUGGGCAUGUUCAGAGCUAUACAGGAGGCCGGCAUACCUAUUGAUAUGGUGGGUGGAGUUAGCAUCGGAGCUUUCAUGGGCGCCCUCUGGUGUAUGGAAAGGAACAUUACCACUGUCACGCAGAAGGCUAGGGAAUGGUCGCAGAAAAUGACCCAAUGGGGCAAGCAACUUCUCGACCUGACGUAUCCCGCAACGUCAAUGUUUUCCGGUCGACAGUUCAACGCCACGAUAAAGGCCACCUUUGGCGAAGUACACAUUGAAGAUCUGUGGUUGCCUUAUUUUACGGUCACCACAGAUAUUAGCUCAAGUUGUAUGAGGGUUCAUAGACACGGUUCCCUCUGGCGAUACAUUCGCGCGUCGAUGUCUCUCAGCGGGUAUAUGCCCCCGCUGUGCGACCCGGUAGAUGGCCACCUCCUAUUGGACGGCGGUUAUGUGAACAACCUCCCAGGUAUCCUUUGGAGAUACUGCAGAGCAUCUAUGAGCAUUGCUGGAAUCUUCCCGCCAAUUUGCGAUCCCAUCGACGGCCAUUUGCUUUUGGACGGGUGUUAUGUCAACAAUGUACCAGCCGACGUGAUGCGUUCGUUUGGCGCGAAGCACAUUCUGGCGAUAGACGUCGGCUCUCAGGACGAUACGGAUCUAACUAACUAUGGCGAUGACUUGUCUGGCUGGUGGCUGCUCUGGAAAAGGUGGAAUCCAUUCACGAGUCCUGUGAAAGUACCGAAUCUUCCUGACAUUCAGAGCAGACUGGCCUAUGUUUCGUGUAAUCGCCAAUUAGAAGAGGUGAAAAAAUCUGACUAUUGCGAAUACAUCCGGCCACCGAUCGACCAAUACAAGACGUUACAAUUUGGCUCUUUCGACGAGAUACGGGAAGUUGGCUACCGGCACGGCACCGCGUACUUCGAGGGCCAAAGGCGAGGGGGCGGUGGGGGGGUUAGCGGUGCAGCAGCGGAAAGACGGAAGCAUCUAGCGCAGCCGUCCCUUACAGACUACACGUUCACCGACCUCGCCCAAAUGGUGUGCUCGGUACGAACAGCUCGUGACGGCGAUAACGACUCCUCUUCAUCGUCAGACUACGAAGAAGAUCCGCGACAUUUCGAAGGUUACGCAUCUGAACCCAGUGGUGGAAUUCUUGAGAUGUCUUCAAGUGUGGAGGAAGGGGCUGCUUGGAUCAGCGACACAGAACUGGAAGGCCUGCGCACGCGUCGAGUGGGUGGCUCUCUAUCUCUUUCUGAAGAUGAGAUAGAUUCUGAAGCAGAGGUGUAUGAUCCGCUAAAUAAAAGGGGCGGGGCCAGAUGA